CAUUUCUAGCUACUGCGCAUGCAGUUGCAGAUGCUUAGUUGCAUGUCUGCAAUGAUUCCAUGGCUUUUACUGGUGGGACUGUUAUGUCCCACCUUGGCUCGAGAGGUUCAAACUCCUCUGGGCAAGGUGUUGGGAAGAGACUAUGGUGAUUUCCUGGCUUUCAAAGGGAUCCCAUAUGCAGAGCAGCCAGGGCGAUUUGAAGCCCCCAGAGCAAAGUUGCCUUGGACAGGGACACUGAAUGGCACUGCUUUCAGGAGCUCUUGUAUUCAUGGUUUCAGCCAUCACGAUGAAGAUCCUUCAGAAUCGUAUGAAGAGAGUGAGAAUUGUCUCUUCGCCAACGUUUGGGUUCCUAAAGCUUUCCAGGAACCACUGCCAGUGGUGGUCUUUAUUCAUGGUGGUGGUUUCCUCCGAAAUAGUGGCUCAGAUCCCAACUUCUGGGGUGAUCGUUUUGUGACGAAUCCCAGCAACCCAGCCAUUCUGGUGACUUUCAAUUACCGUCUGGGUGUCUUUGGAUUUUUCUCGUGGAAUGGGACGGUGGCCAAUGUCGGAUUUCGAGACCAGCAGCUCCUGUUGAAGUGGGUUCAUCAGAACAUCGAAGCUUUCGGAGGGAAUCCUCAGAAGGUUCUCCUGAUGGGACAAAGUGCAGGUGCCAUGUCGGUCAUGUGCCAUCUCGCUGCACCAGGAUCUGCUGGUCUUUUUCAGAGUGCCAUGGCCAACUCCCCCGUUGGUCUCUACUACAGAAACAGAGAAGAGAAUACAAAGUUUGUGCAACUGGUUGCAGAAGCCAUGCUUUGCACCGGGAACAUCACCUCAUGUCUCCAAGAUAGACCUGCUAAAGCCCUGAGAGAUGUAGACGUUGUACCUGAGUACCUGAGACACUUCACAGCACCCUGCCCUGAAUGUGCAAACGUGUUAGCUUGGUUGCCCAUCAUUGAUUCGGAAACACUUCCAAUGAACCCACUAGUUGCCAUUGAGCGGGGGCUGCACAAUAGGGUCCCGACCAUCAUCAGUACAGUAACCAAUGAGACGCUGGCUUUUGUUCCGACUUUACUGAUGAGGAUGGGCAACAACCGUCUUUCGUAUGAAAAGGUGCUGGCUGUGCUGUUUGACGACCGUGCAUUGAAGAUCCAGGACCACUAUGCGCGGUCGCCAGAUACAAGUCGUAUGUCGUGGGCUGAACGGGCUGGAGUUGUCACGACGGAUGCUUUGAUGACAUGCUAUGCUCGCUAUGCUGCCCAAGCAUUGUCUCUCUUUGGGCAGGCUUAUUUAUCUACGUUUAUGGUGCAGCCACACAGCAGCCAGAUGCACAAGGACAAGAUUUGUAUCCAAGGACCUCCAGACGGAGCCACGUGCCACGCAUCAGACAUUGCUUACCAAAUCCCUGCUUCGAAGAGAAUGUCACUUCGUACCCAAGUUGGCUAUGUGAACGACAAGGAGCUGAACUUCUCCACACUAUAUGCGGCGAGCAUUAUUGACUUCGCGUCAGGGCGGUCACUUUUUGUCCCUUACAACAGCAGUGGUGUGAGUACGUAUUGGAAUCUGGAAGGUUCUGGGAGGAUCCAGUAUUAUCACUACGACCACUGCAACUUCUGGGAAGAGAUCGGCUACACGGAUGUUUGGAAGUCACACAAGUCACCGCUCCCACUGAGCAUCAUGAUUUGACCAAGUUAGCACAAGGCUGGAAUUUAGCCAUUGGGGAUUUGGAUUAGCGGACAUGCCAAGGCAGAAUGCUGCAA